AUGGACUUUUUUCGUUCUACAGGGAAUGCAUCGUUACUUCUGGUGUUCCUCGAGAGGUUAAACUACCUGCCUGGGGAGACGCUGCGCGCCGUGGCUGAGGUCGUUGUGGAAAAGCCUUUUUCCUACACUUCGCUCGAGGCUUGUAUUACAGGUGAGGAGGUUACGCGGUUUGGUGCGGAGCUGAUUAAGCGGAUCGACACGGAGGCACGUCGCACGACAUUUUACCGGCAGAACAUCAUCCUAGCGGGUGAUCCCCCCAACCCUGAGACACGCCUAGCUUCUGACGGGGAAUAUAGCGAAUGCUCGCGCAGCAACACGGGUAGUUUGACGGAAGCCUCGUGUUCCACAACCAUCAUGACAAGAGGACUCAUGCCGGGGACGUACAACUUCCCCUUCUCUGUCCGGCUACCAUAUUCACUGCCCCCAUCAUACCUUGAUAUACGCAACAGCGGUGUGUCGCAGCUCUCGUAUCUUGUGCGGGUAAAGCUCCUUGCUGGAAGACGAUUGUUGGCGAAGCAUAAAACUUACUUUGGGCUCAAGGUGCUUCCGGUAAACCCAAGGCAGUGGAUCCACGCACACAGGACUUUGAGUUCCUACUCAAACGUUCCGCCCCAAACAUCUGCCGCAAUCGAUGACGCGAGUGCCACAGGUGGGAAACAGAACGGGAGCAAUAGUUAUGCAGCGACCAAAGCGUUUUUUAUUGAUCAUAGCCUCUCGCUGAACAAUGUGAUAGACUCCAAUGCGGAAUGCAACAAUGGGAAUUUGGGGGACGGCAUUGUCAACUCUUCUACCGGUGAGCAGAAGUUGGAAAACGAGGCUGAAGACAUUUCGGCCGAGGUGCCUCAAAGACUUUUUGUGGAUACAUGGACGGUAGUGGGAUCCGACAAGUAUAGCGACGCGGGCGAAAACGCUGAGUGUGCUGGGGUGAACGGGCCUUCCAGAGCGAAAAAAAAUAGUAAGGGGAAAUCAGAGGGUGGGCAUCGGGCUUCGGUAGAGCGGGAGGGAGAGGCAGAUGCCAACGAACCUUUUGCAGCUAUUUUCAAUGAGACUCCCCCUCUGGAGUAUCACCUUGAAGUACCCAUGCAUAGCAUCUUUAAGAGGGGGUUUGUGGAUGUGUUUCUGCAAGUUCGUCAGGUCAUCGGCAAACGCGGGACCCCAAUCAAAUUCCGUGGCAUUAUUGAAAAUACGAAGGGUUUGGCAUCCGUGACAAAAAUGAGUUUUCGCCUCGUGAGCCAGACCAUCAUCAAGUCGCGGGCGGAGGAGCAAAUACAUAAUGCCAUCUUGGUAGAGAAGGUGAUACACGAAGCGAUUCCUCGGGGAAACAGCUAUGGGAUUUCAGAGACACAGUUGGUGAUCCCGCAGAGCUCUCCACUCACGCUCCUCACGCCUGGGUACUCGAGCCGCGUUUUCCUUGAAAUUGGGCUCUCCUACGUCCAGAAUCUUAUAAGCCACUCGGGAUCAGGAAGGGUGGAGAUUGCAGUUGUGGACUCCUUCGUGGACUCGGAGGCCUCCCCGCCGCUAGGGCAGUGGACCAACUACUACCUGGACAAGGGACUAGACAAGAGUGCGUGCUCCUCGCCUGAUAUCAUUUGCCCCUUUAUCAAGACUGGGGCCAUGAAAGUUGUCCAGGAGGCCGGGGACUGGUGUCAGGACCCCGCUAGCUGUCGACGCUCGUCCAAAAUACCCACCCGGGAGGAGCUUACGGUACCGGGCAGAAACCGGCUAAAGCAUAAGCUCCAUUUUGAUGAGGUUGUUUACUUCGCACACGCGGUGGAGGUCGCCAAUCCGCUGAGUAGUAUCCCCUGGGAGGCACAGAGUGAAUAG